UUCUUUCGAAUACUUCAGUUUUUGUGAAAGUUCCAUCGUGAACAGUUCGUAGUUCGUAAAAUAAAAAUUUGUUCAGUGGAAAGCAAAAUAAAUAGGAAAAAUAGUGAAAAAUUUCUUCUUUAGCCUUCGUUAAUCAACAUGAGUGAGCCCGUGCCCUCCACUAAUACAAAAGGUCGAAGCAUAAGUAAAGAAUUGUGGAAAGACAAUGGAUUUUUGAAUUAUUUGCGCGACUUCUUUAAGCACUGCGGCGACCUUAGUUAUAUGCAGUUCGCCAGGAAGGCCGCUGGUUGCUGGGAAAAGAUGAGCGAGAAAGAAAAGGACCCCUAUUACAAUAUGGGUAGUACCGUCGAGGCUAUAACGGCCAUGGUUUCCGAGGCCGCCAAGAAUUCGAAAAUACGUGUAAUGGGCAGCUCUCCUAUGUUCAAAGUUAGCGGCAUAAAGUUACUAAAGUGUCGCACCAGGCCCGCGAAAUCGCGGCCGAUAAAGCGCUUUGCCACGCCCCGACGAAAGGCGGCCCUUCGAAAGCCCAAAAGAAUUACUUGUUUCUUACCAACAAAGAGUCCCUCGAGGGCAAAGAAGCUGAGGGAAAGGUGUGCCACAGGAGUUGCCAAACGCAGAAAGGUGGAUCCGAUAACCGACAAAAGUUAUCUGAACUUUUUGCGUAAUCUCAGGAGGAAGCCCCUCAGUCUAAAGACCCGGAAACUGAUUCAAGAGGGCACCCUAGCCUGGCAAAAACUCUCGGAAAAGGAGAAAAAUCGUUACCGCCAGAUGGCCGCGUCUGCACGCAAUGCUAAUUCUUCCUAAGGCGUUAAAUUCCAUCCGAGUCCCACCAUCUUUAUUCAUUUAUGCGACUUUUUGUAUUCUGUAAAUUGUAUGUCUGUCCAAAUUUACGUAUUUUUCGGCUUACAAAAUUUUUAGUAAGAGUCUAAGACAAUUAAAGUAUUCGGCCAAAAAACA